GCAUCUCUCCCCCUCACGUCGCAAACCCUGUGUCGCCACCACCGCCUCCUCCUCUCGCGGCGACCCCGCACCACCCCGCCCCCCUCCCCCGGUCAGCGCCGCCCUGGUCUCCUGCCCGCCGCGGCCCCGUCGACGCACGCCCUCCCGUCGCCUCCGCCGCAUCCUCCUGCCUCCGCCGAGACAUCUGAGGGCGCUCCUGCCCGCGCCGCCGUCUUCGACACCCGCCGAUGCCACCGCGGCGCCUCGUCGAGAAGGGUGUUGAAUAAGUCAUAAGUGUUUAUGGACUUCAAGCCAGUAGAGGAUUUUUCCUGCACUGCUUUUAGAAAUCCUGCUUUAUUUCACGGUGGAUUGAAAGAUCAGAACUUAUCAAAGAAAUGCUGAUGGAUCCACCUGUUAUGCAAGCGGAUUGCCAAUUACAGAAUGACGUGGAGAAAAUAUCAUCUAUUUCUUAUGAUAGGAAACAUACCUUAUCAUGUAAUGACCAUGGGUGGCAAGCCUCCGACGUUCAUCAGACAAAUGCCGCGAUAAAUUGUAACCCUGUUGAAGUUAACAAUUCUUCUGGCUCGAGCACAGAGGAGAAAGUAGAUGGUUCCUCUGAAAAGUCUUCUGUUAGCUUGGACGGUUUAUCAGAGGUGAACUUUUUUGUACCACUACCACAUAAAGAAAAGAACGUCCAGGAUGCUUACUUCAAUGAUGUAAGGUUUCAGUUGAAUGCAAGCUUGGAAAAUAAUGGCUCCCCAGGGGAUGUCAACUGCAGCAAACACUGCAUCAGUAAGGAGGAUUUACAUCAUUCCCAGCAGGAGAUGUCUUCACCGUCCAAUGUAGUAACUGGACUUAGGUCAUGCCAGUCAAAUGGAGAUGUCCUUCCUUCCAAAGGCAAGAAAAUGACAGAAGUAGAACUCAAAUAUAACAUCAAUGUUGAUGCAGAAAGUAAGGGAUUUGGGACUGACAUUGCAAGUAAGGGAGUCGGGACUGACUUGGUAAACAAGGAAGUCGGCAACGAUAUGGCAGGAUCUCAUGAUGCCCAGAAGGAGUUGUCAUGCCCACUUCAAGUAAGUAAAGUAUUUUCUCAGGAAGAGAAUGAGACAUCUGUCUCACCUAAAAAUGGCAUGGAUAUGCUUGUUCAUAACAACAGUUGUAAUGGCAAUACUAAUGAUGUUGGCGGAGAGAUGGAUACCAGAAGUAUCGAAGAAGAAGAUCAUGCCGUGGCACUUUGGGUAAAGUGGAGAGGAAAAUGGCGAACAGGAAUUCGAUGCUCUAGAGCGGACUGUCCUUUGUCCACUCUCAAGGCAAAACCAACUAUUGACAGGAAGACCUAUAUUGUUGUUUUCUUCCCACAAACAAGGACUUAUUCUUGGGUGGACAUGCUACUAGUCCUUCCAAUUGAUGAAUAUCCUGUGCCACUUGUGAAUGGAACUCAUCGCAAAUGGCGAAAGAUGGUGAAGGAUUUGAGUGUUCCUCGACGAUUCAUCAUGCAGAAGCUUGCUAUCUCAAUGCUAAACUUUAGUGAUGAACUUCACACUGAGGCCAUAAUUGAGAAUGCUCGGAAGGCAGCAGCUUGGAAAGAAUUUGCUCGGGAAGCAUCAUGCUGUAGAGACUACACUGAUCUUGGGAAGAUGCUUAUCAAACUUCAAAAGAUGAUUCUUCCAGACUACACAAGCUGUCUUUGGCUCCAAAAUUCUUCUGACUUGUGGGGCCAGAAGUGUAAUAUUGCUCAUGACGCUGAGACUGUUGAAAUUCUUGCCGAGGAACUUAGGGAAUCUGUUCUUUGGGACAAGGUUGAUGAGUUGUGGAAUGCACCAAUGCAGCCUGAAUUAGUACCAGAGUGGAAAACAUGGAAACAAGAAGUCAUGAAACAGUUCUUUUCAUCACAUGCUGUAGGUAAUACGGGCAACUUUGAUCAAAGCAAUAACUAUGAUGAUCCAGGUAUGGAUCAACAAGCUCGCAGAAAGCGUCCCAAACUUGAAGUGCGCAGAGGAGAACCACAUUUUUCUCACGUGAAUGAUGCUAACUGCAGCAUUCUCAGCGAGGGCCUGAACGGUAAUAACUUCCCUAGUAGACCUAUCACUGAUGGACAUAUGGAAGUGUUAGCAUCAGUGGAUCAGAAUAACAUUGUCACCUUCCUCAGUAAUUCUGCCCCCCAUGAGAUUGCAGAAUCAGGCCACAUCAACCCAGCUUUACAGAAUUCCAGACAUGAGUUUGAUUCCUUAAAGAAUUCUCGGCAGUGUUCUGCAUACAUAGAAACAAAAGGAAGACAGUGCGGCAGGUGGGCUAAUGACGGUGAUAUUUAUUGCUGUGUGCAUCAAAGCAUGCAUGACCGUUAUUCUAGGGAGGACAGGGGACUUAGUGGUGAUGCUUUAGUCUGUAGUGGUAUGACUAAUUUGGGUAGACAAUGCAAGCAUCGAGCCCAGCAUGGUUCUGUUUUCUGCAAAAAACACCGUUCCCAGACAAGCCUGGAUACUGUAAGCUCUGAUAAUUUAUUCAGUUCAUCUGGGGGUCUCCAUAAAAGAGAAGAGGCUCCAAAAGGAAUGGAAAAGAAUUGCAACUCAAGUGCAAUAUGCAUCGUGGAUGCAGAAAGGGCUAGUAGUUCCCAAGUUCCUCUUCAAAUGCAAUUGACUUCGACCAUGGCUGCAGAGAUUUCAGGUGAUAAAGCUUGUGGAUUGGAGAACCCUGAUAUGUUCUACCCCAUGUCAACUUCCAUGGCAAAAGCUAAUUCAGAUACUGAUCUUUGCAUUGGAAUUCUUUCUCAUGACAAUAUUGUUGAAUGCCAGGAUUAUGCUAAGCGACACACUCUUUACUGCGAGAAGCACCUUCCAAAGUUCCUUAAACGUGCCAGGAACGGAAAGAGUCGACUCAUAUCUAAAGAUGUUUUUAUCAAUCUAUUGAAGGGCUGUGCAUCAAGGCAAGAAAAAAUAUGUUUACACCGGGCAUGUGAGUUUCUUUAUUGGUUCUUGAGAAACAACUUCUCUCGUCAACAAUCUGGUCUUGGUAACGACUAUAUGCCUCAGAUUCUAGCUGAAGUGUCCAAGGAUACUGAUGUUGGAGAAUUUUUGUUAAAGUUAAUCUCUAGUGAAAGAGAAAAACUCACAAAUCUUUGGGGCUUUGGUACAAAUGGAUCUCAGCAAAUAAGUCCUGAUAACCAAGAGGGAUCUAUGAUAGUGUUGCAAGAAGAGAAAACUAAUCAUUCAGCUGGUUUGAAGUGCAAAAUAUGUGCCCAGGAGUUCUCUGAUGAUCAGUGUCUCGCGUUACAUUGGACAGAAGUUCAUCGAAAGGAGACCCGAUGGCUGUUCAGAGGGUAUUCUUGUGCUGUUUGCAUGGACCCAUUUACCAACAGAAAAGUUCUUGAAAAACAUGUACAAGAAAAACAUGGUGCUCAAUAUCUCCAAUAUUCGAUUCUCUUCCGAUGUAUGUCAUGUGACAGCAACUUCUUGAACAUGGAUCUGCUAUGGCAACAUAUUGUUUCAGAUCAUGCCCACGAGUUCGGGCUUCUUGAUGCCCCACAACGACCUAAAGGUCAAUCUGUAAGAACAGAAGGGACAAGUUUCAAGGCCCUCUAUGAUAACCAUGACCUUGGGAAGGAUGAUGGCUCACAAAAGUUGACCUGUAGACUAUGUGGGUUGAGAUUUGAUCUACUGGCAGAUCUUGGCCGCCACAAUCAAGUUGCUCAUAUGGACCAAGGUACGGUUGGCCACAUUCCACCAGGACGUGGGAAAUAUCAACUUAACCGUGGUCGACACUACUAUUCUGCAUUCAAGAAAAACCUACGACCAUCAGGUUCAUUAAAGAAGAGGAGUAGCUCAGGGAUUGAGAAACAUUUUGAUAUUUCAAGCUCUGAUCUAUCUAUGAUAACAUCGCAAGUUGCGGAACCUGAAACAGCUAACCUUGGUAAGUUAGUGGAUUUCCAAUGCUCAGAUGUGGCGCAAACUUUAUUUUCAAAGAUUCAAAAGACAAGACCCCAUCCAAGUAACCUUGAUAUUUUAUCCGUGGCCCGUUCUGUAUGCUGUAAGACAAGUCUUCUUGCUGCAUUGGAAUUGAAAUAUGGAACCAUGCCUGAAAACAUAUUUGUGAAAGCUGCAAAGCUUUGUAGUGACAUUGGCAUCCCAAUCAAUUGGCAUCAAGAGGAAUUCACUUGCCCCAAGGGAUGCAAAUCUGGAUAUACUUCAAAUACCCUGCCACCUUUACAGCUUACCCAUGUUGAUUUCCCCGUAGUAGCUUCUGUGAUGAAUCCUCCAGAAAAUGAUGGAACGUGGGGCAUGGAAGAAUACCAUUAUGUUCUUGAUUCAGAGCACUUCAUGUGGAAGCUUAAAAAUGAGAGGGUUGUUCUUUGUGAAGAUGUAAGCUUUGGCAGGGAGAAAGUUCCAAUUGUCUGUGCAAUUGAUGUUGAUACGAAAGAAUCUCUCCAUAUGAAACCUGAAGAAUUAUUGCAGCAUUGCAGUUCUGUGCCAUGGCAGGAUUUUCACUACGUCACAACUCGUUUGAUGGAUUCAUCUCUUGUUGAUUCAGAGAGUUACAUGGUUGGCUGUGCGUGUUCUCAUGCCCAUUGCUCUCCUGAGAAAUGUGAUCAUGUGAACCUCUUUGACAGUGUUUAUGAGAACCUUGUGGAUAUGUAUGCUAUGCCGAUGCAUGGCAGAUUUGCGUACGAUGAAAAUGGCAAAAUCAUUUUGCAGGAAGGAUAUCCGAUAUACGAGUGCAAUUCACUAUGUACCUGUGAUGCAUCCUGUAAAAAUAAAGUUUUGCAGCAAGGGCUGCUGGUUAAAUUGGAACUCUUCAGAACUGACAAUAAGGGUUGGGCUGUUCGAGCUACAGAACCUAUUCCACAGGGUACUUUUGUGUGCGAGUAUGUUGGGGAGGUUGUGAAGGAUGAUGAGACCAUGAGAAACGCAGAAAGUGAGUCAAAAAGUGGGUGCAGCUACCUUCUUGAUAUCGCUUCGCAUAUUGAUCGGGAAAGAGUUAAGACUUUAGGGACUACGGCAUACAUGAUUGAUGCUACAAGAUAUGGGAAUGUGUCCCGCUUUAUUAAUCAUAGUUGUUCGCCUAACCUUAGUGUCCGCUUAGUUCUGGUGGAAAGCAAAGAUUGCCAACUUGCUCAUGUUGGCUUGUUUGCCACUCAAGAUAUUGUUGUUGGAGAAGAAUUGUCCUUUGAUUAUCGAUGGAAGCUGCAAUCUGGUGAUGGCUGUCCCUGCCAUUGUGGAGCUCAGAAUUGCCGAGGCCGUGUUUAUUGAGUUUGCAGGGUGAGAAAAUAAAAGGAAUGAUCCAUUGCUUGUAGCGCAUCUUCAGAAGCUCGUAGAAUGGUGAUCACUUGGCAACUAUUAACAUUGUUUUUCCUAGAGCUUGAAUGCAGAGGUAGGACCCUCAUUCUUGAUGCAACCAAUUGAGUGCAGGGGUAGGUUCUCAUUCUGCAUGCCGCCACCAAGUAGUGUUUGUGAUAUAGGACUCUCACAGCAGUGACACUAGGUACACCAUAGCAUUGAUUUUAGUCAUGGCAACAUCAUGCUUAACUGACGAUUUGUUAGAAGCGGCCCGAAAUUAGAGUGAUUCAGGCUUCAUUUUCGUAGGCGAGAAUUCAGCGUCUUUGUAAAAUAUGUUCAUUCAAUUUUUACUGCUCUUGAGCUCCCAUCAUCGAAGUUGAAGCAAAGAGUCUGUACUUGUUAGUGAGACUGUUGGUCAUGGAGUUCUGCUUAUGUUGCGGUGCCUGUUUUCGGAAAUUGUUAUGCACUGUAAUUAUGGAUUUGUGGACCUGAAAAGAAGGAAAUCAAUUUGCAAUCGUUCUUAA